CCAUUUGUAUCUGUGAUUGUUAUCCACGUGGCACUUCUCAACUUGAUCUUGGCGCUAAUGAUGUGGUAUUUCUCUAACAAAAUGGCGAAUGUGUGUGUGUGGUUACCUCGAAUGUUUCCGCUUGUGAUUUAUUUCUUUGUGAAUGUUUAUAGUGUCACGGGAGAGGAAGCAUGCCACCAAUUUGGCGGAGGACAUGUAUACCCACAAGAAACAACUAGAAGUUUAGGACAUUCUCUACACUGGAGCAAAGCACAAAUAUCAAAACCGGCACCAGCCUGGGAAGGAACAGCGGUAGUCAAUGGAGAAUUCAAGGAAUUGAAGUUGUCAGACUUCAAAGGGAAAUAUCUGGUUUUCUUUUUCUAUCCUUUAGAUUUUACUUUUGUUUGUCCAACGGAGAUCAUUGCCUUCAGCGAUAGCAUCAAUGCAUUUCGUGCCAUCAAUACAGAAGUUGUUGCCUGUUCUGUUGAUUCUCCUUUCACCCACCUAGCCUGGAUAAAGACUCCCCGGAAGCAAGGUGGGCUGGGACCUAUUAAUAUUCCUAUCCUCUCGGAUCUAACUCAUCAGAUCUCUAAAGAUUAUGGUGUUUUACUGGAAGACUUGGGACACACUUUGAGAGGGUUGUUUAUUAUCGAUAAUAAGGGCAUUCUACGUCAGAUUACCAUGAAUGAUCUUCCUGUGGGAAGAUCUGUGGAUGAAACAUUACGUUUAGUUCAGGCUUUCCAGUACACGGAUAAGCAUGGCGAGGUGUGCCCUGCAGGAUGGAAACCAGGUGGAGACACUAUCAUCCCUGACCCAGAAGAUAAAUUGAAAUACUUCAGCAAAGUCAGUGAAAACAAAGAAUUAUGAGAAAACAGUGGAAUUUUCAGAUCCUAUCAUAUGGGCAUUUAAUAAAAAAAUGUUUCUUGUUUACUUUUUUUAGCAGGUUGAUUAUUCUUAAGAGAAACGCUGCUUUUAUAACUUCAACUCUGUCAGGUUUUAAACGUUGAUGUGGCUGAAAACUGUUGGUGUAUACCUUUUGUCAUUUUUAUCUUUGUAAUUCUCUGAAGCACAAAAUAUGUUAUGUUUGAUCAACUGGCAACUAGACCAAAAAAUAAUAUAUAUUUGAAAACAAAUGUAUGAUUAAGACAUUCCUUCUUUUUUUUUCUUUUUUUUUUUGGACUUACUGUGUUUACAGUCUGGACUUACAGCGAAAUAAAUUUUUUUUUCUCAUU